AUAGUAUACUCCAAGAGUACACCAGUCUGACCCAUUAUAUAUAAUAUAUGGUACAUACUUAAUAUUUUGCUUAAUCACAUAACAGUCAAACGUUCCUCCUUUAUAGGCUAAUAGGAAGAUCAAAUUAUUUGCUCGCCAUGAUCGGAUUGAUCAGGCUUGAAUUGUUCUUCCAAAUGCAGAAAUUGAGGUUUAGUGUUAUUUUGAUUUGAAUUGGUGAGUAGUCAUGAUCUGUCAUAGUUAACUGUGGUUUAUCGCGAUCUAGAUCGCGUUAGAACCAACUUAAAAUGGAGAUCACAAGCAAGACCAGACCGUGAUUCUUGUCUCACUGUCAGGAUCAAAUCGUGCGGUCUUUCUGUAAACUGUGAUUUUCUAUACGAUUUGGUAUUCCUUAAGUUCGAUUCAUAAUAGUGGUUGGUUGGGGUCGACUCAUGCAUGAUUAGCAACACAUAUUUUAUAUAUUGGACAUUUUUUCUUAUUAUUCGAUAAAUGUGAUUCAAAGUAUUAUUUAAUAGAGCACUUCUAUGAUGUUUUAAAGUAUCGGUGAUUUAAAAUACAACUUGAAAUUGUAACAUAACUUUAAAAGUACGAAUUGAAGUUGUUACAUAAAGGUAUAUCUUUAAUUUGUACCAUAAAUGGACUUAAACAAAAGCGUAUAGGUAGUUACAUACAACCUCAUAUUUUAUCAUAAUGUUAAAAGUACAACUUCAAAAUGUACCAUAAAAGCAAAAACUAAAAGCACCAAUACUUUAAGCAUUGUAAAAUUCCUCUAUUUAAUAUUUCUUCUAUUAGGUGACACAUAUACCAUAUUAGAGAGUGGAUAUGGUGCUAACAUUUUUAAGUGUUAGCAUCAUACUAACACUUACUAUAAGGGUAUUAUAGUAACUAUCCUUUCUAUCUUCCCCUUCCCCUUUCCUUCUCCUCAAGGUUGUUAUACCCCUAUCGAACCCUCGGUUGGACCCUAUCUGACCUAAUUUGAGCUUCAAAACGGCCUCCAAAAAGCCCUCCGGCCCGACCGCUAAAGAGGGAGAAGAAGAGAGAGGGGAAGAGAGGAAGAUGAACAAUGAAAUGGAGAUGGUGGGUGGGUCAUGGAGGUUAGGUAGAUUUAUUUUGUGGAAAAAAGUUUUUAAUAAAAACAUGUAAGAUAAAUUUCAUUUCAGUCAUCAAAUCUUUCAUUACUAUCUUAUUUGUAUAUAUAUAUUUGAAAACGUCUAAAAUGGCUCAAACCAGUCGGACCCCGAUCAAACCAUUAAACCUCAAACCCCUUGCUUGACCGGUUCAAUGAUUUAAACCAGUUUCACAACCUUGCUUCUCCUUCUCCUCUCCCUUCCCCUUCCAUCUACGUUGUUUUUCUAUUAUUCAUUUACAAAUUACAGUUUUGGUAACCAAUCUUAACAGAUAUUAAUAUUUGGUAUCUAUUUUUUUUACAUUUUGGUAUCUAAACUUUUUAAAUUUUACAAACAAGUACGACAUACUAUGAGGAGGUUCUGGUCUACUUUGAGGAGGUUCUGACCAACUUUGAGGUUCUAGCACAUUUUGAGGUUCUGGCUUACUUUGUGUAGGUUCUAGCAUGCUUUGAGGUUCUGACCUACUUUGUGAAGUUUUUAGCCUAAUUUGUGGAGUUUUUGGCCUACUUCGGUGGUCGCCUUUUCUUUCUCACAUUUAAUGCAAAAAAGAUAGUUGAUCCUACUCCCCUUCCCACAAUUAUUAUUAAUGACCAACGUGACUCUCAUUCUUUUUCCCUUUAUUAAUUGUGCUCAACUCAUUUAAAUGAAAAAAUUAUUCAAAAAAAAUGUUCCUAUUGGCUGGAGCUUUUUUUUUUGACAACCAAUUUUUGGCUGGAGAUAAUGUUAGCAUGCUAGCCUUUUCCAUCAUAUUACUUGGAUCGAUAAUGACAUUCUCACUAAUAUAUGUGAGUAAACAAAUACAAUAAAUCUGUUAAUUUGGACGAAAUUGUUUUUUUUUUUUUUUUUUUUUGAAACUUACGAAAUUGUUACCAGUAGGAUUUGAAAAAGAAUAAUCAAAUACUUGGAAAGUAAAGUAAGAGAGUGAAAUUUAGUGCAAGCUAUCUUUUCGAGAGAAAAAAAAAGUAAGAGAGUGAAAAUAAAAUAGGGACUUUGUAUGAACUUCCUGUAAAGUUUAGGUGCAAUUAGGUGAAUUUCCGUCAUGUGGCCCAAAAUGGCUGGAAGAAAGUGGAGGCUAGUAGAGAGUGGGGAGCGGAUAGUCUGGAGACUGGAAGGGAAUGGCGGAACUCGGAAGGGACACUUGUGAUUUGACUACCAAAUGUCUGGGUCUUCAGUCAUUCUUCCGCCAGUGAUAGAUUCGAUUCCGUCGUAUCAGAUACUUCUUCGUCCUCCUUCCUGCGUCGGAUCACAGCCAUUCCCCCCAUCUCUUCUUCGAAAACCCCCAUUUCCUCGGAAAAAACUGUCUGCACCACCACCGCGAGUCAUCAGAAACAUGACUGGCACAGCUGAUACUAGCAGUUCUCUCGCCAAACUCGCUCCAAUUGAAGCUGUCCUUUUUGAUGUUGAUGGAACUCUAUGUGACACAGAUCCAAUUCAUCAUCGCGCCUUUGCUGAACUGCUUCAAGAGAUCAACUACAACAACGGGGAACCAAUAUCUGAGGAGUUCUUCAUCAAGAAUAUUUCUGGCAAGCACAAUGAGGAAAUCGCAAAAUUCCUUUUCCCCGACGAUAUACCUCGUGGCAUAAAGUUCAUGGUGGACAAGGAAACACACUUCCGAAAAUUGGCUGCUGAUCACAUUACAGCGAUAGAAGGCCUCUACAAAGUGAAGAAGUGGAUCGAAGAUCAUGGUUUGAAACGUGCUGCAGUCACCAACGCUCCGAAACACAAUGCUGAUCUCAUGAUCUCAAAACUUGGGCUGACAGAUUUCUUCCAGGCUGUCAUUCUGGGAGACGAUUGUGAGCAUGCUAAGCCACACCCUGAACCUUACCAGAAAGCACUCGAGGUCCUCCAAGUGUCGAAGGAGCACACGUUCGUGUUUGAGGAUUCUGUAUCGGGAAUCAAAGCUGGAGUUGCAGCUGGGAUGCCAGUUAUCGGUAUAACCACUAGAAACCCAGAGGAUUUGUUGAUGCAAGCCAAGCCUACGUUCCUGAUCAAGAACUAUGCUGAUCCGAAAUUGUGGGCUGCUCUAGAAGAAGUUGAUAAAGCCAUGGGAGCUGGAAAUGGAGCUUCUGCUUGAAGAGGAGCUGAUAUGGUCGCCCAACCAUAAGAUCAGCAGCAUUGUUUUCUAUUUCGCCAUAGCCAUGCCAUGUAAGCCUAGAUGUAUAUUUGAUGGUGAUGAGCAUACUAUUGAAUAUCGAUUGCUCGAUAGAACGAAUGUCGAAACUGGCUAGACAAGUUAGAUAAGAUCAUAGCAUUCAGGUUAUUUUGGGUUGCAGGACAUGCUAGGAUGGGUCAUUAUAUUUAUGGGUUUGAUUCUGAACUGGAGUGUGGCGGGUAUGGGUAAAACCCGCAAAAUAUUUGAUGGGUACUCGCUCCAUAUCCAUACCUGCCCCAUUUGGAUAAUUUCUUCACAUAUAAAAUAAACAUUGAUUAAAUUGUAACCUAUCUAUAAUAGUGAGGAUAACUCAAGAAAAUAUUAAGUAAAAAUGUAAUUGGGUGGCCACCAAGAUUGUCAACCGCGGGUCUACCUACUUUGACCCUGAUCCGGUGAGAAAAACGGGUCGCACGCACCGCUGAGUCGACCGCUACAAGGUACCGGGUUGGAGGUCAAAUUGUGUCAUUUUUUUAUUUGUGAAAUGCGCCUAUUUUUCGAAUUUUCUUUUCGCUUAACUCAAUUUUUGGAAUUCUAAGUUGAACAUUUGAAUAUUGAUGUUAUGCAAGUGUGUGUGAAUUUUCACUAUAUGAUGGAUCUAACUAUACCAUGUUAUCUUGGUGUAAUAUUAUAUGUUCUAACUCAUAUGUUAGACGAGAUUUGAUAUAAUUUAUGAGGAUAAGUACAAUAUAAUGACUUUUUCCAUAUUUCCGGGCUAAACGAGGCUAAAAUGGGUGACUUAUUAACCCUUGACCCACUAGCUCUACUGGGUCCGGGUCAACCCGCGUGUUGACAACCUUGGUGGCCAUCCAAAUCAAAAUCUAAUUCUUUUUCCUCAACUCUCUCUUCACUCUUUCAUAGUUUCCCUUGUUAACAAGAUUAUGUUAGUUAGUUAUUACUUAACAGAUAUAUUAGAGUAAGAGAAUAAUGAUUUGGAUUACAUUGUAUUCUAACUUAUGGAUUAACGGAUGUUUUAGUAUAAGAUGCUUUGACCGUGUUAAGAAUGAUUUGUCUCUUUGUCGACUUCAUGAUAUAGUAGAUGCGUUUAGUGUUAUAAUUGAAAAUUUACUUAUAAAAUUUUAGUUGUUAUAAUGUUAAAUUAACGGGCAUGUAUUACCUAUGGAUACCCAAAACCCACGGGUAUGGGGAUGUGGGGAGUAUGGAUUUGAAUACUUGAAAGCGAGUAUGUAUGUGGGCUAGGAUCAGGUGACUAAGAGGGGGGGCCUUAGUCACAUGACUAAGUCAAUCUCAGCCCUUCCACCUCAUUAAAAUCCAAUGGUUCAGAUUAAUCCAUUUUAAUGAAGGGUAAUGUGGUAA